AUGUCUCCAAUUGCAACGUCUGGGUCGCAGCCGGCUGGCCUCAAAUCCACCGCCUCGGACAAGGCCUCCAACUACCAUGCUGCCUCCACGGAAGCUGCCAUUACGGCGGAGAAGGAGUAUGCAGCUCACAACUACCACCCCCUUCCAGUCGUCUUCGCUCGCGCCUCUGGCACGUCCGUAUGGGAUCCAGAGGGCCGUCACUACCUCGAUUUCCUGUCAGCCUACUCUGCUGUGAACCAGGGUCACUGCCACCCCGAGCUCGUCAAGGCUCUGACAGAUCAGGCUUCCAAGCUCACGCUGAGCUCGCGAGCUUUCUACAAUGACGUCUUCCCCAAGUUUGCGGAAUUCGUCACCAAGUUCUUCGGAUUCGACAUGGUCAUGCCGAUGAACACGGGGGCUGAAGCUGUCGAGACUGGUAUCAAGAUCGCCAGAAAGUGGGGUUACAAGGUGAAGGGGAUCCCAGAGAACCAGGCGGUGGUGCUGAGUGCAGCAGACAACUUCCACGGGCGAACGUUCGCAGCGAUCUCCAUGUCGUCUGAUCCCGAAUCGCGCGACAACUACGGCCCCUACCUUCCCAACAUCGGUUCCACGAUUCCUGGUACGGAUAAGCCUAUCACUUUCAAUGACAAGGCUGUUCUCCGAGAAGCCUUCGAGAAGGCCGGUUCGAACCUUGCAGCAUUCUUGGUGGAACCGAUCCAGGGUGAAGCUGGUAUUGUCGUGCCGGAUGAAGACUAUCUGAAGGAAGCCAGGAAGCUGUGUGACGAGUACAAUGCCCUCUUGAUCUGUGACGAGAUCCAGACCGGAAUUGCCCGUACUGGAAAGCUCCUCUGCCAUGAAUGGAGUGGCAUCAAGCCUGACCUCGUUCUGCUGGGCAAGGCCAUCUCAGGCGGCAUGUACCCAGUCUCGUGUGUCCUUGGCCGCAAGGAUGUCAUGCUUACGGUCGAGCCCGGCACGCACGGUUCAACGUACGGCGGUAACCCUCUCGGAUGUGCUGUUGCCAUUCGAGCUCUCGAGAUCGUCAGAGACGAGAACAUGGUUGAAAACGCAGAGAGGCUUGGACAGCUCUUCCGCGACGGACUGAAGGCACUGCAGAGCCCGGUGAUCCAGACUAUCCGCGGAAAGGGUCUGCUCAACGCCAUCGUUAUCGAUGAAAGCCAGACUGGUGGACACACUGCAUGGGAUCUGUGCAUGUUGAUGAAGGAGAAGGGUUUGCUGGCCAAACCGACUCACCAGAACAUCAUCCGCCUGGCACCCCCGUUGGUUAUUACUGAGGAAGAGAUCAAGACCGCCUUAAGCAUCAUUGAGCAAGCUGUCAAAGAGCUUCCCAACCUGAAGGGUGAGGCAGAAGACAAAGUCAUUCCGCCCCCCGAGAAGAAGGUCAAGAUCACCGUCGAGGCGUAA